AUGAGAUCUGUAAUGUAUUGAGGUCUGCUUUUGUGUGUGUGUGUUAGUAUGAGCACUGCCUGUUUUUGCUGUGAUAUAUCUUAAUGUCAUUUUCCAUAUUGCAGGCUGAGUAUGUCCAGCUUGUGACAGAGCUUAGAAUGACAAGGGCCAUUCAGCCUCAGAUAAAUGCCUUUUUACAAGGCUUCCAUAUGUUCAUUCCACCAUCUUUGAUCCAGCUUUUUGAUGAAUAUGAACUGGAGCUUUUGUUGUCUGGUAUGCCAGAAAUUGAUGUGAAUGACUGGUUAAAAAACACAGAAUACACCAGUGGCUAUGAGAGAGGAGACCAAGUUAUUCAGUGGUUCUGGGACGUGGUGGAAGAACUAACUCAGGAAGAGAGAGUGCUACUGUUGCAGUUUGUUACUGGCAGUUCCAGGGUGCCUCAUGGUGGCUUCGCCCAUAUAAUGGGUGGCAGUGGGUUGCAAAAUUUUACCAUUGCUGCUGUGCCGUAUACUGCAAAUCUUUUGCCAACAUCAAGCACAUGUAUCAACAUGCUCAAGUUACCUGAAUACCCAAGUAAAGAAAUCCUGAAGGACAGACUUCUUGUGGCAUUGCACUGUGGAAGCUAUGGUUACACAAUGGCAUAAUGAACUCUAGGAAACUUAUCUGACUGCUGAUGUGCAAUUCUGAGUGGCAGAAGUAAUUUUGAAAGCUGUCAGUAGAAAAGCAGCUUAGAUGCUGCAGCCCAUUGGCAGGGUUGGGCUUCAGAAUUCUCCCAGGGUCAUCAGCUUUCCCUCCAUUAUUGUGUUGUCAAGGUAGCUUUGAUACCAUCACAACCAACUUCUCAGUAUGCUGUAUUUUCAUUUCUCAGAAUUACAGAUCUGUAUGGAAAUCAGUUUACAUGCUUUUUGUUGUUUCUUCAGUCUGAGGAGGUUUGUCAGAAUCUCUUUCCACAGUUUACUUUUUGAUUUCCAACUAGGUGGUUGAAUGACAUUGUAGUUUACUUUGCACUCAGCUGGCAUACUGCUAAUGGACAGAGUUGUACUUUAUGCCUUGUUGCAUGUGAAAGUGCCAUUUAUUUUUGCAGAGACCACUAUAGAAAGUUCAAUUGGGAUAUUGUACAGUAAGACAGAGCUGAUGUAUUUUCCAUUUCUUUGCAUAGUAACAGAAAGAAAAUUUUAUAACUUUUUAGUAUUUUAAUGUAUAUAGUAUGUAAAGAUUAGACUGUUAUGACUGGAAAAAAUAACAGAUCAAGUUUAUCUAAUUUAUAUUGGAGUUUACACUAUAUUCUACUACAUACUUUAAGUAUUUGUGACUUUAUAGUCAACUUGCAGUUUAGAAUUUGUAAAUAUUAUUUAAGAUUACAUCCAUUGUUUGAAUGCCUUUACUCUUUCCU